AAGGGUUCCCAGAGCCAUAACUCCUUGCGGAGAGAGGAUUUAGAAGGCCUACAAAAGCCCCAGGAGAGGACCUGCUUCCUCAUCCCGCAGCUGGUGCCAGGACUCUCGCUCCUCCACUAGGAAAAAUGUCUAUCCAAGUCGAGCACCCUGCGGGCGGAUACAAGAAACUGUUCGAAACUGUGGAGGAGCUGUCCUCGCCGCUCACCGCUCACGUGACAGGCAGAGUCCCCCUCUGGCUCACCGGCAGUCUCCUCCGCUGUGGACCGGGACUCUUCGAGGUAGGAUCCGAGCCUUUUUACCAUCUGUUUGAUGGGCAAGCUCUCCUGCACAAGUUUGACUUCAAGGAGGGGCACAUCACAUACUACAGAAGGUUCAUCCGCACCGAUGCUUAUGUCCGUGCCAUGACUGAGAAAAGGAUUGUCAUAACCGAAUUCGGUACCUACGCUUACCCAGAUCCCUGCAAGAAUAUAUUUUCCAGGUUUUUUUCUUACUUUCGAGGAGUGGAGGUGACCGACAAUGCCCUGGUGAAUAUCUACCCAGUGGGGGAAGAUUACUACGCCUGCACAGAGACCAACUUCAUUACCAGGAUUAAUCCGGACACCUUGGAGACAAUCAAGCAGGUUGAUCUUUGUAACUAUGUCUCAAUCAAUGGGGCCACCGCUCAUCCCCACAUAGAAAAUGAUGGAACCGUUUACAACAUUGGCAAUUGCUUUGGGAAAAAUUUUUCCAUUGCCUACAAUAUUAUCAAGAUCCCUCCACUACAAGCAGACAAAGAAGACCCAAUAAGCAAGUCAGAGAUAGUUGUACAAUUCCCCUGCAGUGACCGAUUCAAGCCAUCUUAUGUACAUAGCUUUGGCCUGACUCCUAACUACAUCGUUUUUGUGGAGACACCAGUCAAAAUCAACCUGUUCAAGUUCCUGUCUUCAUGGAGUCUGUGGGGAACCAACUACAUGGACUGCUUUGAGUCCAAUGAAACCAUGGGGGUUUGGAUUCACAUCGCUGACAAAAAAAGAAGAAAAUAUCUCAACAAUAAAUACAGGACCUGUCCUUUCAACCUUUUCCACCACAUCAACACCUACGAAGACCACGAGUUUCUGAUUGUGGAUCUCUGCUGCUGGAAAGGAUUUGAAUUUGUUUAUAAUUACUUAUAUUUAGCCAAUUUGCGCGAGAACUGGGAAGAGGUGAAAAAAAACGCGAGCAAAGCUCCUCAACCUGAAGUCAGGAGAUACGUCCUUCCUCUGAAUAUCGACAAGGCUGACAUAGGCAAGAACUUGGUCACUCUUCCCAACACCACGGCCACUGCCACCCUGCGCAGCGAUGAGACUAUCUGGCUGGAACCUGAGGUCCUCUUCUCAGGGCCUCGCCAAGCAUUUGAGUUUCCUCAGAUCAAUUACCGGAAGUAUGGUGGGAAACCUUACACAUUCACAUACGGACUUGGCUUGAAUAAUUUUGUUCCAGACAGGCUCUGUAAGCUGAACGUCAAAACUAAGGAAACCUGGGUGUGGCAGGAGCCAGAUUCCUACCCAUCAGAGCCCAUCUUUGUUUCCCACCCAGAUGCCUUAGAAGAAGAUGAUGGUGUAGUCCUGAGUGUGGUGGUGAGCCCCGGGCCAGGACAAAAGCCAGCCUCGCUCCUGAUCCUGAGUGCAAAGGACCUGAGUGAAGUGGCCAGGGCUGAAGUGGACGUUAACAUCCCUGUCACCUUUCAUGGACUGUUCAGAAAAGCCUGAGUGUAUUCAAGCAGGAUAGACUUCUGGUGAAAAAAGAAACAUGAAAACCAGUUUCAAGUCUGCACUCUAACUCUGAUCAGUGUAGCGUGCUGUACAGCAGGGUUUUAACUCGCACAAGUUUUACAGCAUUUUACAGAAAACACUGGCUGAAUUAAACAAGCUAUUCCUUUUUAAAAAGCAUAUAUUUAAAUAAUUAUACUUUCUCUGUGAGAUAGAUCAUAACAGAAAACCCCCUUUAAAUAUCUAGCUGUCAGAUAAAUGAAUAUAGAGUUAAUAAACUGCUUUUUAUUCCUGUUAUAAAACUAUACUUAGGUAACUGCUAUAAUUUUUUAAUAUUUAACCACCAAAGCCUUCUACAUCUGAUUUGUAAGUAGCUUUGGUGAGUGAAGGCAGACAGGCUCAGUUACUAAAUGUCAAACCAAUUUUUUCUUACACCAGGAGCUCCUGCUGUGAGUGCACAGGAAUUGUUUCACAUAUACAUAGCUGCUUGAGGAUUCUCAAGCUCAUGAACUUUAACUACUUUACUCCAAUGUGUUUGAUUCUGUGCUUUAUUCCAUUUAAUAUAUGCAAAUGCUGCUAUUUCUGAUUUUGCAAUGAGGAAACCUAACCAGCUGAGAUUUCUCAAACAACAUCCCAGAGGCAAGUCACACAUUAAAAGUUUAUGACCAUCAAUGCAAGCACACAUUAAUGACUAAUAUUUUGAAACACAGAGUGUAAAAUACUUAUAGUAGCAAAUUAUGGGAUAAUAUCAAAUAUCAACAUUAUGGGAUAAUGUUGAGGGGUUAUACUUUGUUGUAUCUUCUGUUUAAUUAUAUUUAAGCACUGUGCAAUCAUCUGACUAAAG